AUGAUGAUGUCUUCGGAAACGAAGGUUUCUAAAGAAGCGGCGAAAGUGGGGGCCGCCGUCGCGACGACGUCCGGUGCGCUCGGUUUCGCGCAAUCGUCGUUUGCCUCGACGACGCAACCGGAAGAAGUUGUGAGUAACUUGGCGGGUAUCGAUGGCAGAAUCGCCAUCUUCUUCGUGUUCGCGCCGGUCCUCGGUUGGGUCGCGUAUAACAUCCUGGGCCCGGGUUUGAAGCAGCUCGACGAUAUGCAAGUCAAGAACGCGAAGAGAAAAGGUAUCGUUGGUGGGGCGAUUGGGAGCGCUUUGGGAGCGUCUUUGACGAUGCAACCGGAAAGCGCGGACGCCGCGGAACAAGUCGUCGGGAACUUGGCGGGUAUUGACGGUAGAAUCGCCAUCUUCUUCGUGUUCGCGCCGGUCCUCGGUUGGGUCGCGUAUAACAUCUUGGGCCCGGGUUUGAACCAGCUCGAAGAUAUGCAAAAGAAAAACGCGAAGAAAAGAGGGAUCGUCGCCGGUUUGACGGGUUUGUCCGCGGCGUCGUUGAUGGCGAUGCCGGAGCAAGCUGAUGCCGCGGAGCAAGUUGUUGGGAACUUGGCCGGCAUCGAUGGCAGAAUCGCCAUCUUUUUUGUGUUUGCGCCGGUCCUCGGUUGGGUCGCGUACAACAUCUUGGGACCGGGUUUGAAGCAACUCGACGAUAUGCAAGUCAAGAACGCGAAGAGAAAGUAA